GAGCCGUCAGUCAGUCACACAUCCACCCAGGCGGAGGACACUACAACGGUGCGCGGCGCUCAUCCAACCAACCAGCAGAGAUGCCUCACUCCAUGUUCCCGCUGUGCGUCCUGGGAUUCCUCGCCCUCUCCUCCGCCUGCUACAUCCAGAACUGUCCCCGGGGGGGGAAGCGAGCGCUGCCGGACACCGGCAUCAGACAGUGCAUGUCCUGUGGCCCCGGAGACAGGGGCCGCUGCUUCGGCCCCAGUAUCUGCUGCGGGGAGGGUCUGGGCUGCCUGCUGGGCUCCCCAGAGACAGCUCACUGUGUGGAGGAGAACUACCUGCUCACCCCCUGCCAGGCAGGAGGGAGACCCUGUGGAUCUGAGGGAGGACACUGUGCAGCUUCAGGACUCUGCUGUAACUCAGAGAGCUGUGCAGUUGACUCUGACUGCCUGGCAGAGACCGAGGCCUCAGAUCCGGGCCACGGCGCCGCAGGGAGCUUCCCGGCAGAGCUGCUGCUCCGCCUGCUGCAUGUGACGGCCAGAGGACAGACCGAGUACUGAUCCUGAAUCUGUGGAGGAUCCUCUGCUCCUCAGGGACAAAUCAUCUCUGUUUCACUAUAAACCUUGAGACUCAAACCUUGAACCAAUAAAACACCAAGUCAAA